ACAGAGAAUGAAAGCGGCAUCAAAUAGUGUCUCGUCGGCCGGAGGAUCAGUGUCACCUACGACAACCCAGCCACCACUACCACCAGGGCAGUCGUCACAUCCUCAAAUCUACGAUCAACAGAUGCAGUACUACUUCGCGGCUGCCAUGCCGAACCAGCCAAUGGCGACGUAUGCGGCACAAAAUGGAUCUUCUCAACAGUACGCCCCAGCGGCUCCAUAUUAUCAAGAUGCCAACGGACAGUAUGUGCAGGUUCCCGCGAACGGAUCAAUGGCUCCUCAACAGCACAUGAUGGUUUCUGGUCAACCGUAUCUCUAUAUGGCUCAACCACAACAAGGAGCUCAGCAAGUCAUGCAGUCAGGACAACCACAGCUCAUCUAUUAUCAACAAUCAAUGGCUCCACAAGCGGCUCCAAUGUACUUCCAUCCUAUGCAAGCCGCACCGAUGCUUCCAGAACAAAUGGGUGUGAUGCCACAUACGCAGCCGGCAAUUCCACCUCAACAACAGCCAAGACAAGUGGGAGUGGAGAUUAGUAGCACACGCACAGCUCCAUUGACCUCGUCUACUCCUCUUCCAACAAGUCUCGAAUACGAGACUGUUCAGCGUGAUAAUCGCAACAGGAACAUCCAAUUCAGAUAUCAUCGUGUUAUGGAGCAUGACGAGUUGCCGAUCGAUGAGAUCUCAAAGAUCACCCUUGACAAUCACAACGAUGACACGAUGAGCGCUGAAAAGGAAAAUCAUUUCCAUGAACAUCGUGGCGAGAAGUUCGGUCGUCGUGGAUUCCCAAUUCCAGAAACUGACAGUCAACAACCACCCAACUACAAGACUCGUCUUUGCAUGAUGCACGCAUCUGGAAUCAAACCAUGUGAUAUGGGUGCUCGAUGCAAGUUUGCUCAUGGGCUCAAAGAGCUCAGAGCUACUGAUGCUCCGGCUCGCUAUCCGAACAACAAGUACAAGACAAAGCUGUGCAAGAACUUUGCGCGUGGAGGAACUGGAUUCUGCCCGUAUGGACUUCGUUGCGAGUUUGUUCAUCCAACGGACAAGGAAUUCCAGAAUAUUCCUCCAUAUCAGCGCAUGUCUCACGAUGACCAGGAUUACGACCAGGAUGUCAUUCCAGAAGACUACGUUGUCGCUAGACAUCAGCCACGAUUCAUGCGUACAGGUGGAAGAGCUACCACGCCGACCAAAGUGAUGCUCAAACAUCGAAAUGUGGCAGGCUCAAUGAUGUGCCUCUCCAAUGCUGGUCGCGAUCUUCAAGCCGGAGGUGAUUACAAUCAACCGGAAUCCAACGAAGACGACUUGCCACCACACUUGAGACGGAAUCGCAGAGAAAAUCCACCGAUGAACAAGCGUCGCACAUCUCUCAGCACGAAGUGGACAUCUGAGGAAAAUCUCGGACUAAGAGGACACUAUUAGGUUGUAUGUUACCACACGAAAUUGCUUUUUCAUGUACUAUUGUCUGUACAUACCGCCCUCUCUUUUUCCUCUACACAACUUUUUUUUACAAAUUCAUUCAAGCUUUGACCACCCAAUCACACAAACCUCUAAUCAAAAUCAUCUAAAUUUUCAUACUCUACUAAUUUCGAAGUAAUCAGGUCUCAGCUUUUCAACAACAUUUUUACCAGCUUUCUUGUGCCUUUUUACCCGAUUUUCCCACAUAGCAAAAUUUAUCUUUAUCCGGAUUUUAUUCCCAAUAUGUUUUUUUUAUCAAAUCCCACCCCAAUUGUUUACCAUUUCACCAUUCCUGGCCCCAAAUCACUUUGUGAGUCCACCCAACAUAAUCUAAUAUAGAAUGUUGACAUCCAGCCUCCUCCCACCUCUUACCCUCAAAUACUAUCUAGCAUGUCGGCCCUUGAUCGGCUGACAAUAUAUAUAGUUUAUUUUUCUUUCCCCUUCCUCAAUUUUUCCAUCUCCCCACCGCCCAAAGAGUUCUUCCAUAGAGAUUGUUCAAACUCCAAUAAAUGGUGCAAAGAUUAU